AUGAUAGCUGAUUGCUACUUGCACAAAGGAUUCUCCCACUCAUGCAGGUUUGUUUUAAAUACCCACUCCGCUGAUUUCUUACAGUGUUUAAAGGGAUUGAAUAACCUCGUUUGUGCUCCGAUUUCGCGGCUCGUUCACACUCUCACCGUGGGUAUUGCACAGUGUAGUACGCCUUUUCCUCUCCCAUCAUUCUUUGCACCAUACUCAAUUUCGCCGGUCGUAGGACCUGCCCCGGCGCUUCCAUCGGAGUUCAUAGAUCCUACUUGGUGCGAACCAGAUAUUUUUAUUCUCCCGCUUGAGGCCAAAACGGAUAUUAAAAAUCGAAAGCGGAAGAUGAAGACCCACCAAAAGCGAAUAUGGCGAAAAACCCAUGUUUCAUACAUCCAAAAACGCAAUCUGCAACAACGAACAAAAGAGGAGAACAAAUUACAACAGCUCUUCGAAUUCUGGCGCAAGCGUUCUGAUGCCUGGGAUCCAGAAGAGAGAAUUGCAACCCGGUUACGCAUGGCUCGUCGGUCCGGAUUCUACGUGGAUAUUUUAAAUAGGAAAUUUUUCCGCAUCACUCAUCCUAAUGCUGACAUGGCUGAAACAACGGACUUCACCAGUAUCUCAAACCCGAUUUCUGCCUCCAGGCGCGGUCAGGAAGCUUUGCAAGACUUGCUGAGUGGAUUGCGCGAUUUGAUGUUACCUUUUUAUGCUUGUAUGGAUCCGAAAAAACGUAGUUUUGUAAGUACCCAUCAAGCUCUAGCUGCUGCUCAGCAAUGCUCUGAUACGAUCAACCAAAUGCGGGCUAACAGAGACACUCUUAGAGAAACUUUUGAACUUGUGAAGGAGAAUUGUGCGAACCUUCUUGACCGUGAUCCAGCGUCCAUGAUCCCCUACGCAGAUGAAGUCUCUGCCACUGUGACCGACUCUUCAAGACCCGAUUUAAGAUCUUUACUGGAGACUCGGGAACAGCUCUCAAUUCGUUAUAAAGAAGUCACCGCUGAGUUGGAAAAUCUCAAGCACAUCAUCACAGGAGCCAUAUGGGAUCUCAAUGACCUCAUGGAUCCCAUGAUCGUCGGACAGUGACGUCAUUUCAUCGCAAUCUCCCGUUUGUUUUUCUGACUGAGUAGCGCAGUGAUCUAUGAUGCCUU